CAGAGCUUCCGUUGAAAUCAUUCGCUUAACAUCAUUGCUUAACACCGCCCUGCUAAAAUUAUAAUUAUUGAUUUAUUGUGUACUAUGGGAAAGGAAAGUUUCUGGCUGCUGCUAAUGGGAUUUUCUCUAAUUGCGAGCGAACCAAUUUUCAACUCUACUGAAGAAGGGUUUGCAAGUAACUUAACUGAUUACAGUGACAUUGAGUCCAAGUUCUCCAUCAGAAGUGUUGAAUUUCCAGACGAGGAUCUUUGCUAUCUUGUCCCGGGACAACAGCACUCCAUUUCAGACUGUAACUUCAAAAAUGAUUCACAAACUUUCCUUAUUAUCCAUGGAUGGUCGGUUGCGGGUCUGUUUGAGAGCUGGGUUUAUAAGCUGGUGACAGCUCUGUUUGAUCGUGAACCCAGCGCUAAUGUCAUUGUUGUGGACUGGCUGGAUCGGGCCAACAAACACUACCCCAAAUCAGCAGAAAACACCAGGCUGGUGGGGGCUGACGUGGCCAAGUUUGUCAACUGGCUGGAGGAAUUGGAUUAUCCGCUGGAGAAAGUGCAUCUUUUAGGCUACAGUCUGGGUGCACAUGUUGCAGGAGUCGCAGGAAACCUCACCAACAACAAAGUCCACAGAAUCACAGGUCUGGAUCCUGCAGGCCCCAGUUUUGAAAACGCAGACAGUCUGCAGCGUCUGUCACCUGACGAUGCCUCAUUUGUGGACGUUUUGCACACAAACACCAGAGGGUCUCCUGACCUCAGCAUCGGCAUUCAGAGACCUGUGGGUCACGUGGACAUUUACCCCAAUGGAGGGACUUUCCAGCCUGGCUGCAGCAUUCAGCACACCAUGAAGCUCAUCGCCACAUACGGCAUUUACAAUAUGGACCAGAUCGUGAAAUGUUCCCACGAGCGCUCCAUCCACCUGUUCAUCGACUCGCUGGUGAAUCAGGCGUAUCAGAGCUGGGCGUUUCGCUGCGCCUCCAGAGACGCCUUCAAUAAAGGCCUGUGUCUGAGCUGCAGGAAAAACCGCUGCAACACACUGGGAUACAACGUCAAGAAGAUCCGCAGCGCCAGGAGCACCAAGAUGUACCUCAAAACCCGUGAGAUGAUGCCCUUUAAAGUGUUUCAUUACCAGAUUAAAAUGCAUCUUUUUAGUGAUAAAAACAUGACUUUGCUGGAGCAGCCGAUGAAAGUGUCUCUGUUCGGGACAAUCGAUGAGAGGAACGACAUCUCUGUCACUGUGCCCAGCAUGAGCACCAACAGCACCGUCUCUUUCCUGGUGACGUCAGACAGAGACAUUGGAGAUCUGCUGAUGCUGAAUCUGCACUGGGAGAAAGACUCCUAUCUCUACAGCUUCUUCAGCAGUAAUCAGUUCACCAUCCGCAGAAUGAGGAUCAAAUCUGGAGAAACUCAGGCCAAGGUAAUCUUCAGAGCCAAAGAGAGCGAGUUUGCUUCUCUGGUUCAGGGUGGAGAUCCAGUGGUGUUUGUAAAGUCCAGUGAAACUCCACAGGGCAGGAAAGAGGAAAGGAAGCACCGACUGAAACAUCACGGCAGCUUCUUCAAGCAGGACAUCAAUGAAGCAACAGCAGAUCUGAGGAAACCGCCAGCAGCGCUACACAACAAUCAGUCAACAGAGACGACGACAACAACUAACACAACUCAGGUCAACACAGAACACUAGACUGGGGUUUUAUCAGACGUGGACUAAAUUGUUGGUGGCCUUUUAUUGAAGAAAGAAAAGAAAAAGAAAGACUGUGUGUGUGUCAAUGCGUGUGUAAGAAAUCAAGUGUGUGUGUGUGUGUGUGUUAAUCUGCUGUUUUUCUCAUCUGUUUUAAUCAUCUGCCUGUGCUACAUUGAGCAGUUAGUGCUACUUUUAUUCUCUGGACUUUAUAUUUGAUUAUAUUUUAUCUACAGCACUUCGGUCAGCUCCUGCUGUUUUAAAAGUGCUUUAUAAACGAAAUUAACCAAACUAAACUAUACUAAACCCUACAGUGGUUGCUGAAAUAACUUAAAAAUGGAAAAAGUAAUGAUUAAUUAAGGAUUACUGAAAAUAAACGAGUGAAAAUCCGAUUUUGCUUGUGAAUUGUGGUUGAACAGAAGCAUUAAAAAGGCAAGCUAAUGAAAUUGGCCUGAACACAAUUGAAGGAGACCAACAGUUUUGUCCACUUCUGUGCGCUCUUAGCAUUGAAUGUUUUUAUUUUGAUGUGUUUUAGUUCACUUGUGAAUUCCACCCAUUUUCAGCUUGCAUUUUACCCCCCACCCCCUAAAAUAAAUCAGCGUAUAAGGCAUUCAGACAUUUUUCUUUACCCUCACCACUUUGAUUCACGUUACUAUUACACUGUCAUUUCUGCUGUAUUCUGCAAAGUAAAAACUCUUUUGGUGUUUGAUUCAAUAGCGAAUUUUUUUAGUAUUUUGAUUCUGAGGUAAAAUAUAAUAAACACUCACUGGCCAUUUUAUUAGGUACACCUUACUAGUACCGGGUUGGACCCCCUUUUGCCUUCAGAACUGCCUUAAUCCUUCGUGGCAUACAACAAGGUACUGGAAAUAUUCCUUAGAAAUUUUGCUCCAUAUUGACAUGAUAGUAUCAUGCAGUUGCUGCACAUCCAUGAUGUGAAUCUCCCGUUUCACCACAUCCCAAAGCUGCUCUAUUGGAUUGAGCUCUGCUGACUGUGGAGGCCAUUUGAGUACAGUGAACUCAUUGUCAUGUUCAAGAAACCAGUCUGAGAUGAUUCACGCUUUAUGACAUGGAGCGUUAUCCUGCUGGAAGUAGCCAUCAGACAAUGGAGACACUGUGGUCAUAAAGGGAUGGACAUGGUCAGCUGCAAUACUCAGGUAGGCUGUGGCGUUGACACGAUGCUCAAUUGGUACUAAUGGACCCAAAGUGUACCAAGAAACACCACCACCAGCACCAGCCUGAACCACUGAUACAAGGCAGGAUGGAUCCAUGCUUCCAUGUUGUUGAUGCCAAAUUCUGACCCUACCAUCCGAAUGUGGCAGCAGAAAUGGAGACUCAUCAGACCAGGCAACAUUUCUCCAAUCUUCUAUUGUCCAGUUUUGGUGAGCCUGUGUGAAUUGUAGCCUCAGUUUCCUGUCCUUAUCUGACAGGAGUGGCACCCGGUGUUGUCUUCUGUUGCUGUAGCCCAUCCGCCUCAAGGUUGGACGUGUUGUGUGUUCAGAGAUGCUCUUCUGCAGACCUCGGUUGUAACGAGUGCUUAUUUGAGUUACUGUUGCCUUUCUAUCAGCUGGAACCAGUCUGGCCAUUCUCCUCUGACCUCUGGCAUCAACAAGGCAUUUGCGCCCACAGAACUGCCGCUCACUGGAUAUUUUCUCUUUUUCAGACCAUUCUCUGUGAACCCUAGAGAUGGUUGUGCGUGAAAAUCCCAGUAGAUCAGCAGUUUCUGAAAUACUUUGACCAGCUCGACUGGCGCCAACAACCAUGCCACGUUCAAAGUCACUUAAAUCCCCUUUCUUCCUCAUUCUGAUGCUCGGUUUGAACUUCAGCAGAUCUUCUUGACCAUGUGUACAUGCCUAAAUGCAUUGAGUUGCUGCCAUGUGAUUGGCUGAUCAGAAAUUUGCGUUAACGAGCAGUUGGACAGGUGUACCUAAUAAAGUGGCCGGUGAGUGUAUAUAGUAUACUGGUUUUAUUAAGAAAAAGGUACAAAUUCUUGUUUAAUAUAUAUGUCUCAUUAGUAAAUUCAAAUUUAAUUGAAAGUUGAAGUUUAUUUUAUUUUGCCUUAUUUCAAGUGAAUACUUUUGGUGUGUUUUAUUAUGCUUUUAUUGUGGCAAAUGCUAAAAACAUUGUAUAGAAACAGUUAGCACGUAGAUAUUGUUUGUAAAUUUCACUUAUGCUCACAAGUAGCAGUAAAUUACUGAAAGAAGUGUGUAUUUAUGUAACAUGCUGUAUGUAUGACUUAUUAAAUGUAUAUGGGAUUUGUUUAUUAUCAUAAUUACAUGUAUUGUGCAUCUGAUUACAUGCAUAUUAUAUGUGAUAUUGAUAAAUAUUAAUCUUAGAAGUAUCAAGAAUUGCUUUAAAUAAGUAGCACAGAAAAAUGAUUCAAGCAAUAAAAGCUUUUCUUAUUAUUGUAA